AAGACACCGGCCGGUUUCACACCAUCCUCCCAAACGGACCUGAUCGUGGAGUACAACGGCUUCGUUCCACUCAACGGAGCGGAAGCCAGCAAAAAUGGCAAGCGACAGAGCCCAGCAGCAGCAGCAGCAGCCAGCUUCACCGAUAGGACGAGCAGCUGACCAAGCGCGUCGCCACACAGUGACGGCCUCCCGACCGCGGAUCGGCACUCUCUCCCGCCUCAACGGCACCUCCUACGCCGUAAUGAUGGUCGACCUCGACGUCCCCACCGACACCCCGCCCGCCACCGACACCCUCCUGCACUGGAUGCAGGCCGGCCUGGUCCCGUCCGCCACCCCGACCCGGAUGAACACGACCGCGGGCACGCUCCAGGUCUUCCUCCUGGGGGAUCCGUCCGCCAGCAGCAACACCGGCACGAGCGCGGGCAGGGGCCGAGUGGCGAACGCCACCGCCGGGAUCGCCGUCCCCUACGUGGGGCCCAACCCGCCCGCGCGCACCCCGCUCAGCCACCGGUACGUCCAGCUGCUGGUCGACACGAGCGGCGUGACGGGACAGGGCGCCGAGGCGCUGCGGCGGGCCGCGGCCUCGGCGACCAAGACGACCAGGCGCGGCUUCGACCCCUCGGCGGCGCUGGCGGCCGCCGGGCUGGAGGGGAGGGUCGUCGCGGGGAACUCGUUCAACGUGACCAACGCGGGCCCCCCUGCGAACUCGACGGGCGCUUCGGGGCCAAAGUCUGGGUCCGAGUCCGGCUCCGGCUCCGGCUCCGGCUCGGGGUCGGGCUCGGCGUCAGAGUCGGAUGCAAGCGGGAGCGACGGCAGUUCGAGCCGGGCCGGGGCUGGAGAUGGCGCCCGUCAGACAGUUCUCCCCGGCGAAGGCGUCGGCUCGAGACCUGGGAGUGUGUUGGUUGGGGGGUUGGUGGCUGUUGGGGUGGUGGCGUUGGGGUUGUGAGGAAGUAGGUUCCGACCACCGGCAAUGUCUCUCGGUUUGGAAGCGGCGCUUCAAUCACCUGACUCUCCGAAGAUGUGCCAUGUGAAUACAUUCAAGACAUAAGGAGGG